AUGUGCGACGACAUGGGUACCAACGGCAUGGACAACUCUUUCGACUCUUUCGAGUUUCUUUCUGCUCCGUCGGGUGAUGCCGAUCUUUCCGCUGCCGACAACAGCGAGACUUUGGGUUUUAUUGGCGACAGCGCUUUUGGUUUUGCCGACGAAAAUUCUGUCCUCGGCAACGGCCUUGAGCAUGACACCUUCCCAGCUGCAUUGGACACCCAGCUCCUUAAGAAGAUGGUGAUGCAAGUGGCGGAGGAACCCGAUCAGUACCGCCUCCCCCAAGUCCAUACCCAAGUUCCCAUCGCCUUCCCACAGCAACAGCUCUAUUCUGCUGCCCCUGUCGCCCCCGCCAACGGGUCGGUGGCGACUGGCUCUUCUUUCGCACCGGCUGUCCCUGGCCUUCAAGGAGAGCACCAGAACCACCAGGAGCCCCCAACCAAUGGCCUACAUGUGGUGCCUAGCGGCGUUUCCGAGGAUCCCUUCGCCGACAUUACUCUUGAGACCAUCAACGCCUUCAAUGGCCCCUUCAAUGCGAUUUUCAAUAUUGAUCGUCCCCUCACCACUCCUAUGGCGCCAUUCGGUGUUCCCCAAGCCUCGAUCAUCAUGCCUACCGAAAGCACCCAGCAGGCAGCAGCGCCCAUGUUGGACUGGACCGAUUAUCCUUACGAGUCUACCGCAGACCACAUGAUGCCCCCUUCUGCUAUGCCUGUGGACCCUAUGGCUUACAUCACCCCCUUCCAUGUACCGCUCGCUGCCGCAGCUACUUUGCGUCUCGAAAAUCCCAGCAAUGUGACCGCUUGUACUGCAUGCUGCAACGUCUUGCCUACUUGGACUGACCCCCCUUGUCUAGCUCUAGGUGAUCCCGCUUAUCAGUUCAUGGCCCCUCGACAAAUGCCUGUCACAGAUCAUAUCUACCAAACACCCACCGUCGCUCAGGCUCUCAACCCUGACAUUGCCCAGCAGACCAACCAUCACAUCUCCGCCGCCCCUCAGCCCGCCCCGUCUUUUGUCCCCUCUCCCCAUGUCCUUGGGUAUGAUGACUCGUCUCCCACCCUCAACAGCUCUGCUGCUCAGCCCGCUGUCAAAAGAUCCCCCUCCAAGCGCAAGCGACAGUCUGCGGACGAGGGCGACAAAGGCUCCAGUCUCCAAGUGACUGACGAGGAUGGUGAGACGACCGCGUGCAUUAUCAAGGAUGGAAAGAAGAUCAAAGUCCAACUGAAGGAUGGAGAGGUAGUGCAAGAGGUCCAGCGAGUCUGGACUGGGUGUAAUGAAUGCAGGCGUACAAAGAGAAAGUGUAACCGUCUCCACGUCGACAAGAAGGAGCCUUGCGACCGCUGCAUCGAGCGCGGCAUCCCUUGUGUCUACUCGGACAAGGAGCGUGUACACGCUUCUAAGGGCAAGAAGAAGUCGCCCGAGGAGGCUGCGGCUUUCAGAGCCAGAAAGGAGGCCCAGAAGAUCGAAGACGCGAGGUUGUUGGCUGAAGGAAAGUCCCCCAGGAGGAAGACUAAGAAGAACGUCCAAGCUCGGAUGGUGAUCAGGUCUUCUCCUAUCAAGUCCAAGAGCGCAUCAAAGAAGUGGAAGGAGAGGGAGAUCGAAGCCGACACAACCUCUGCUUCAUCCUCUGACUUCAGCUCUUCUCCUGCCUCUUCGUUCGAUAAAGGAUCGCACUUCUCGUCCGGUGGCUCCAGCUCCAGCCUCCAUUCCCUUCUCGACCUCCCCGACAUGCCGCCUCUUACUCAAGAAGAGCAAGAGGCGAACAUGGACGAGGUGAUGGUCGCCGCGUUGAGGAACAGCAGGCGAGGAAUGGAGCGCUACGAAGGCGAGGGAGUUGCGAGCUCGAGUACUGAGACACUCCCGUCUUUCGAUGGCGAGGAGUUUGGUCGGGAGUCCUCAGAGGACUACCAGGAUGGCGAAGAGUCAUCGGACUACACUAUGUGA